GUCCCGGGCAGGGUCCUUUGGCGCCUCCUCCCCGCCCGGGCCAGCCUCUCCUCCUCCAGCUGCUGCUUCUGCCGUCGAUGCCGAGCUCGGAGGCCGCCCCUCUCCGGGGCACGUGCCCGGGGAUGUGCCCGGCCGAGGAGUUCGCGCGGCGGCGCCGGGAAGGCCGCCUGCACCGGCUGGAGCUGGGCGCGGGGCGCGAGGCGGACCCGGCGCUGGCCGUCAAGGAGUACUCGCGCCCGGCCGCCGGCAUGGCGCCCCCGCGGCCCGAGGAGCCGCGCCCGCCCGACGUGCUGCUGGCCACCGUCCGGCACCUGCUGGAGCGGGAGGACCGGGGAUCGGACGCCGGGGACUCCGCCGAGGCUGCGGAGCGCGGAGCCUUCGUAACCGACCGGCUGCGCGCGGUGCGUCUGGACGCGGCACUGCAGCGGCUCCCCGGCGCGCCCUGCGCCGCCCUCCACGAGCGCGCCCUGAUCUGGCUGCUCCGCGCCGGGACGCGCCUUUGCGCCCAGCCGCCCGCCCGCUUCGACGCCCAUCUGCACCGCGCCCACCUGCAGGAGACCUUCGCCGCCCUCCGGCGCGCCUACCGGGAGCAUGAGGACGGAGCCCGGCCCGCCGCCCAGCCCCGCUUCCAAGCCCUCUUCCUUCUCUACAACCUGGGUGAGGGAUCCAGGGACGGGCUGGAAGAGGGGUGGUGGUCAAAGCUUUAUUCAUCCCGGGAAUUUGGUCGGAUGCUGUAGCUCAGCCUUGCAUACCUGGCAGGGUUGUUGUGGCGAUCAGAUGAAUACAGUACUAGGAACUGGAAGAGACAUGGGCUUACAAUCCUCACCCUGCCCAGCCAUAUAGCUCACUGUGUGGCAUCGGGCCAGUCAGUGCCUCUCAGCCUAACCUACCUCGCAGGUUUGUUGUGGGCAUAGCUGUCAACUUUCAGAUUUGAAAAUAAGGGACCAGCAGCCUCACCUGUCCUGGGGACAGUCUACGGGAUAUCUAACAAUCCAGGAUAGCAGCGGGAAACGGGCACUGGAAUAAGGGAAUUUCCCACAAAAAAAGGGAAGGUUGACAGCUAUGGUUGUGGGGAUUAAAUAAGGAGGGGGAGGACCAUACAAGCCACCUUGAGUAUCUUGCGGGGGAAGCUGGGAUAUAAAAGCAGUAAGAAAUACGGUAAAUAUGCUUCCAUGGAAAGGUGAGAUAUCAAUGCAGUAAGAAAUAAAUUCCAUCCCUGAAAACAGGGGUGCCCACUGGAGGGGGGGUUCACAUAAUCAAUCACAUGACGUGCAUGCACACCAUUUGAAUGGCAAUGCCCAUCAACUUUGGGGAGGGGGCCCAGCCCCCUCAAAUAUUUUAUGGAGGGGCUGAAGCCCCCUCGUCCCCUAGGAGUUGGCUCCUAUGCCUAAAAGGUUGGGAUAUAAAUAUAGCAAUAAAUGAAUUUUCUUCCCUGGUCCUUCUAUAAAGCCCGGUCAUCCUGACCUUUUGCUCCUUUCUCCUCCCACCCCAAACAGGCUCUCCAGUAGCUCUCUGGGAGACCCUGCAGCUCCCCGAUGCCAUCCGAACCUCCCCAGAUGUCUCCACUGCGCUGACCAUCAAUUGGGCCUUCCUGGAGCGGAAUUUUGCCCGCUUCUUCCGCCUGGCCCGGGAGCUGCCUUACCUGCCCAGCUGCGCCCUUCACCCCCACCUGGCUGGGGCCCACCGCCUGGCCUUGAUGACCUUCAGCCACGGCUUCAGCGCCAGGAACUCCCGCUACCCUCUGGCACGGCUGGCACGGCUGCUGGCCAUGGACAGCGUGGAAGAGGCAGCGGACUUAUGCCAGGCCCAUGGCUUGACCGUGUUGGAGGGGGACGUGGUCUUCCAGAAGGGCUCCUUCAAGGACGGUGUGCCUUUGGUGCAUAAGCCUUCCCGCCUGCUUGUGGAUGGCAAAUGGGGGGAGUCUACUCUGCUGGAGCUCUCGGAGAGGGUCUGCAGCUGACCCCCUUGCAAUGACUCUGUGUGCGUGAGCUGAGACUGGAAAGGGGUUUGCAGCUCAGAGUUUUACCCCUAGAGAAGUUAGACAGGCUCCCUCACUGUCGUCUGCCUGGCAGUAGGCUUCAGGUGCAGAAAGUGUACAGUGGUACCUUGGGUGAAGUUCUUAAUUCAUUCCGGAGGUCCGUACUUAACCUGAAACUGUUUUUAACCUGAAGCACCACUUUAGCUAAUGGGGCCUCUUGCUGCUGCCGCGCCGCCGGAGCACAAUUUCUGUUCUCAUUCUGAAGCAAAGUUCUUAACCUGAAGCACUAUUUCUGGGUUAGCGGAGUCUGUAACCUGAAGCAUAUGUAACCUGAAGUGUAUGUAACCCGAGGUACCACUGUGUUUUAAUUGCUGGUUCUAAGAGCGUUCUGCUGUAUUUUUAUUUCAUUUACACCCCCCUUUUCCUCCAUGAAGCAUUGUUGUUGUCGUCCACCCAUCCGACUUUGUUGCCCCAGCCACUCUGGGCAGCUUCCGUAAUAUAAAAACACAGUGAGACAUCCUAUGUUUAAAAACCUCCCGAUACAUGUCUUCAUUUCCCUUCACUACCUUGAGCUCCUUGGAGGAAAAAGGUUGGGAUAUGAAUGCAAUAAAUAAGUCAAUGUUGUUUUUAAAUGUGCCUUGAGUCUCACCUUGGGAGGAAGGUGGGGUAGAAAAUAUUAAAUAAUAGCAAUAUUAUUGCUCCUGAAGGCAGUUGAGGGAAGUGUGGGCUCUGACUCUCCUUGGGGGCAGCAGAAGAUGGGGAAAUGGGACAGCACAGUUUCCAUACAGGUCUGACCUUUAAAUGCAUCCUUCCAGGAAAAAGAAAAAUGUUCCCUGUAGAUCAAGGGCAGGGAAGCUGUGGCCCUGAAUUGGACUUCAGCUUCUGUCAGCCCAUUUCAUUGACCAUGCUGGCUCAAGGUGAUGGGAGCUGAGAGUCCAGAACAUCUGGAGAACAUCUGUUUCAAGAAGGAUAAGCCAUGUUGCAAAAAAAAAAAAAAGUUUUAUGGCAGCUUAAGGUUCCAUUCCUCUGCCAUUCGAAAGUUAGCACAUCUGGGCUAGAGGUUCCAGCAAGGCCCUUUCCUCCACUGUGCUGGCUCCCUUAAUGUACGAGAGCAUUAAAAAUUUAAUUAUUGCUCCCACCCCUAGUGGCCUUGACGUCGUAGAGUCCAUUCUACCACCACAUUUUGCUGCUUGCACAGAGUCCACAUAUUGUCAUGCGCUGCCCCCUGCAGGUUUGGAGGACUUUAUGCAAGGCUAGAAGGAAGUUUUUACACCCUCCCUGAAUUAAGAAUGCAAGAGCCCUGCUGGAUCAAACCAGUCCUUUCCACCAUCCCUUUCCCCACAGUUCUCUGGACACCCCCGUGAAUGCUAGUCUCAUGUGUGGAGCAUUUAGUUAUUGUUUGGAAAACUGAACUGAAUGUUACUGGAAUGUUACUACAGUAAUGUCAGCUGUCAGAAGAGAUUGCGGUGAUGGUAGUUGUUUUGUAUACAGUUUGCAUGCCGAAGUGAUGCUGCAUCUGAGAAGCUGUGAGUGAACUAUAACCUUGCUUUCUAAAAAAAACCCGGGCCUGCAAACAUUAAACGCUUGGACAACUUUAAAAUGUAGCCCCACCUGCCAGUGCUGGGGAAUGGAUGACAAGAAAAUGCUUUUCAUCACAGAGAACCACUGUAAAAGGUCUGAGCCAAAAUUGCCAUCUCCUGGGAAGGUACUGAUAAAUAUAUGAACCUGAGGGGCCAGAACUUGGGGGGAUGCUCAGGAGAAAUUGAACUUGCUGCACUUGAGAAGCUCUUGUAAGAGAAUUGUGCACAAUUGAAGCAAGAAAUCCAGAAGGCUGUAAAAGGAGCU